AUGGACAAUCCCCAGCUAUAUUACGAUGCCCAUGAACUGCAAAAGAAAGAUGCCAUUGCAUUCUAUAAACAAUAUGCCUCGAUGAUCCGUUGGCGUAAUGAUGGCUGUGAUUCGGUGAUAGAUAUUGGCUCGGGACCAGGAGACGUGGUUAGUGAUUGUCUUUAUCCACGAAUGCCUCGAAAAUAUCAGCGCUUGGUAUUCUCUGAUAUUAAGAGGAGCAUGAUGGAAUAUGCUCGCAAGCAUUAUCAACACUUACCGAAUACGGAGUUUAAGGUAUUAAAUAUUGAAUCACAUGAAGAAUUGGCGGAGGAUUUGAGAGGUCAAUUUGAUCAUAUCACAUCGAAUUAUUGUCUGCAGCUGGUGGUGGAUCAGAGACAAGCUUUCACAAAUAUCUACAAUCUAUUGCGCCCUGAAGGUGGUGAUAUUUUGAUAAAUACCGCACCCUAUGUAUCGUUAUUUGAUGGCUUCACCAGUCUCAGUCAUAAUGAAAAAUGGUCACCCUAUAUGCAGGAUACACAAUUAUUUACCUCAGGUCUACAGCAUGUUGAAAAUCCCAAACAAUAUAUGUUGGAUUUAUUGGAGGCAAUUGGUUUCCGCGAUUACUAUGUAGAGAUAAAGGAUCGUGUGUAUAUCUACACUCUGGAUGCCUAUAAGGUUAAUGUCAAAGCCAUAUCACCAUAUAUACCUCGCAUACCCAUCCAUAUGCAGGAUGAUUUCAUGGAGGAUUUUAUUGAUGCAAUUAUUAACUUAGAUUGGGAAAGUCCUAUAUAUAGUAGAGAGGAUAAUACCAUCAGAAUGCCAUAUACACAAAUGAUUAUUUAUGCCAGGAAACCGAAUACUUUGAAAUAA